AUGUUCAAAAAACAUUUUCUCCUACUUUCCCUUUUCUUUGGAAUCGUAGCAGCUGGCUUCUCAUCGUCGUCUUCCAGUGAAUCUUGUGAAGAUGACCAUAGAGGAGGUGGUGGCGGAGGACGACCAAAUGGUGGCUGUGACGCUGGAUGGCGUCGUUUCACCCGUCCCAACGGCGGAUGGUGUAUAAGAUCAUUCGGUGGACGGCUGACACAUGCAUCCGCUGAAGCUCAAUGUCAAUCCUAUGGAGCUACACUGUCGGGACUUCAGAAUAUGGAGGAGGCUAGAUAUGCGACUAACUCCGCCCUCCCUCUCAUGUCCUCCUCAUCCGGUUCCCUUUGGCUCGGUGCUCACCGUACAAACGCUUGUAACCGACAACGUGUAACCACCGAAUGCACUCCCCAGAACUCUUUCCGUUGGACCGAUGGCUCAACAUCUGGAACUGCUGGAUUCUUGUGGAGUCAAGCUCAACCGGAUAAUGCUUAUGAUCUGAAGCAGGACUGUAUCAUUAUCCUAGCCGCUCGUGGUCCGCUUACGGUAAAGAAUGUAGUUUGGCCGGAGAAUCGAUUGGAUGACGUGGAUUGUGCAUUGGAUUCGACUGAAGUGUCGCCAAGAGCCCUUGCUGGAUAUGUUUGUGGAAAGAAGGCACGAUAA